GGAGACUGGGGAUACUGUAAAUACUGACCCCAUCGAAAUCAGUAAUAUACUCAACACACAUUUCUCCAAAAUAGGACCUUCCUUAGCCUCUGAAAUUAAAGAUACAUCCAGUAAUUUUACUGAUUAUAUUACCCCCGCAGAACACAUUUUUAAUUUGGCAAAAGUAUCAUGCCACGAGGUCUUCAAUUUAAUUCAGAAAAUACCGAGUAAUAAAGCCAGUGGUCUUGAUAACAUCUCAGCACGUCUCCUGAAAGAAGCGUCUCCCAUAGUUACUCGCAGUCUAACUUUUAUAAUAAAUCAGUCAAUUACCACUGGAAAAAUUUCCAAAUGCUUGGAAACAAGCUAGAAUUUCGCCAAUAUUUAAAGAAGACCUCAGGACUGAUCCUAACAACUACAGACCUAUCUCAGUUCUGCCUGUAGUAAGUAAAUUAAUUGAAAGAGUUGUUUUUAAUCAAUUAUAUGAAUAUUUAAGUAAUAACUUGUUAACUGAAUCACAAUCUGGCUUCAGACCUAUGUUUUCCACUGAAACAGCUUUACUUGAGGCUACGAAUGAAUGGCUAUGGAAUAUUGACAACAGUCUCUUAAAUGGUGUGAUAUCAUGUGGAUCAUGCUAUCCUUCUGGGAAGGCUUUAACUCUAUGGGGUCAGUUCUCAAUCUCUUAACUGGUUCCAGUCCUAUCUAUCUGACCGAAAGCAACAAACAUUCAUUAAUGGAGUUCAAUCUGAUGUCUGUAAUAUAACAUGUGGUAUUCCACAGGGGUCUAUUUUAGGCCCUCUCUUAUUCACUAUUUACAUUAAUGAUCUCCCUUCAUGUAAUUUGUUUUGAAAACCCAGAAUGUAUGCAGAUGAUACUACCCUUACCACAUCUGCAGAAGACCCACGUGUCCUUGAACAUAAAAUGAAUUAUGAUAUGAAUUUAAUCCAGUCAUGGCUGUCAGCAAACAAAUUAACUUUGAAUGUUAAGAAGACUAAAUACAUGCUUACAGGGAGCCAAUUUAAGUUAUCCCAAAUAAAUAGUGACUUCACAGUCAAAAUCAAUAAUACACCCUUAGAAAGAGUAAUUAAACAUAAAUCCCUUGGAGUUGCAAGGGGGUCAGCCCGGGGGCUGGGCGCAGGUGGAAUUGACUGAUGCAUUACAUCAAAGAUGUCCAAGAUAGCUCGAACUAAUUCUGACGCAACUUCGGGACAUUCAGAUGCAACUUUGAAACAUCCCUCAGCAUUGCAAAUCCUUUACACAGGGCCAGCGCAGGGGGAGGGGCUGGGGGGACAGCCCCCCCCCUCCCACAUUCUGUGAAAAUAAGUAUAAAAUAAGGUAAUAGGCGUUUAAAUGCUGGGACAAUGAUAAUCGGCUGGCGGACCUUGCGAGAAGUAUCCAAAUUUUUUGGUCGGUUUCGAUCUUACAUCCAAUGGAACAAGUCUUCAAAUAAUUAUCUUUACAAAACCUGCACUUAGUUGUAGACUUCAGUUCUGUUGUUGAAACUAAAAUUUGCAGAAAUGACAUGUAAACUUCUGUUUCAUAAUUCUCGGUUCAUUCGUUAUUGUGUCAGUUUUGAUUUAUGCUCGACGUGGAAAAGGUGAACAAAAUCGCUUGAUUAUCAAGUUGAGCACCCGUUGUGUCAUGGGUUUUUGGGGGAGAAAAAGGUUUUGCAUUGUAACGUUUUAUGGUCAGAAAUAUUUUAAACGAAGAAUUAGGUAUAGCGCUGGACAUCCUGCCCAUACAAUCCUGUGAUCAUAACCAACAAAGAGGCGCAUAUGAUCCUUGGUAAUAUGAAAAAGGAAUCUGAAGGAUUGUCACAGACUGCUAACAUAAAAACGGGCAAUGAGAAUUAAUUUCAAAUUAUUUUUCCAAGAGUGGAAAACCCACUCUUUCAGGUGAGAUAUUACCUACUGUCAAACCUGUAUUAACCAAACCUUUGAUAAGUGUCAGUCACCAAAAUUCUGGAAGUUGUUUCCCUUGGUUACUGUAGAACUUUUAAAUGGUCAUUUUAUGGAGAUGUUCCAUAUGCACUAGAUACAUAGUGCAUGGCCAAAUACAAGUAAGUUGCUUUAUUAUAUAAACACCAAUGAAAUACCAAGUGAGCUUUUGCACGAAAACUUGAUAUCUUCACAUGUGAAAAUAACAUCUUAUCUUGACAUGUGAAAAUAUCACCAUUGCUAUGGCUUCAUAAUAAACCGCACCUUUCAGACCAAAAAACUAUUUCAGUAAAAUGGUUUGGCAUUUCAUUGGUGUUUAUAUAAUGAGUAGAACAUUACAUGGUCGCUUGGAGAUACGAAAUUUCUCUUCGCAUGUUGAAAAAAAUAUUUCACUCAUUCGCUGCGCUCAUGCAAUCGUGAAAUAUUUUUCAACGCUCGAAGAGAAAUUUUGUAUAUCUCCGCACGGCCAUGUAAUAGCGGAGCUCUGGCGCGCGAAGCGCGCCUGCGGAGCAUCAUGGGUAAGUAAAUCUACCCAUCGGAGAAAAUGUGGUAAUCAAGUGACCGUACACCGCCCGCAGCCCGCCCGCCCGUCUGUCCGCACCACAGGAAAACCAAUGUUCAAUCUCACACUUUCUAGCUAGUUUGGUAGCACAGGAAGACUGAUAUUGCACACAUAGUUUUCAGAGCAUCUCGAAUGGUAAGCCUGAGUAAUUAUUGUAUUUGAUGUUUGUUUUUUAUAUCUAAUUUAAUGAAGUCGGGCGUAGUUUAUGCGGCUAUUUAGUUUAUGCACGUUUGUAAGAUUUGAGACAAUGAUCGAUCUGACCGAGUAUCAGGUUUGAUUAUAAGCUUAUAGAACUUUAAAAAGCCUUUAGACAUUUUCUCACUGCAAAUAGAAAAAAAACGUUCCAAAGAAUUAUUUAGUUAUAAUUCUGGCUGUAAAAGAAAGCUUUGAGCGAUUUUCUUGCCUCGAGUUCAUCUUUGAAAAAAGCAAACGCCGGGAAGCCGGCUUAAAACAUAAACAAGGAUUUUCAGAGACACUUUUUACUUGUCUUCGUGAAUGAAAAUUGUUGUCUCUGUAUAUGUUUCACCUAAUUAUUAUCCUUUUAUUGAUUGUUAGUAGUCUCUUUUGCAAUUUUAAUCGCUGUGCCGUUUGUUUUCAGUCGCUCACGAACAUCGCUUGCAGGAGUAGUCAAAAUGUCGCGUGUAUCAAACGCUUUUGAAGAUUACACAUAGUUAUAAAACCGUUAAAUAAAGAAGUAAACAUUAUAAAUUUUUUAUCACGUUAAAACGUAUAACUCUAUUAAUCUUGAUUUAAACAGUCGACUUUGGCGCUUGUCAAAAGUGAGAAACGGCAAGCCGUAUAGGUGAUUUUAGAAAUUUUCUUAACGGUUUCGGUAAAAGCCCACGCGUGCUUCGAUCGACCUGAAUGUUGAAUGAGUACGAUUUGUAUUGCAAAAUUGUGAUCUGUCCGAGGUCUGUAUGAUAAAAACAGUGCCUCAUGGUACUGUUUCACCUCAGAUGAUGUAUAAAAAGUAUGAAAGGUUGGUUUACAAGUCCCCAGACUUGUUAGCAAGAUUUUGUAAAAUAAAUUCUAAACUUGUCGAACGCAAAAUUGGGCCUAAUUUGUUUUCCAGGCCUAAUCUACUGUGAUCAAGAGCCAUUAUGGCUCUUGAACGUGAUCGAAGAUGAUUGCUAUUUUUUGGGUGUACAUAAGGUACUCGAUGUAAGAUUAAGUUCACUCUUAGCUUGGACUGCUUGCAAAUUAUUUUUCUCUAAAAUCACUUAGCCUUUCCCUCGAAAGUCACAUGAAUGUGCUCUAAAGUUAACUGAUUUGUAAAAUACAAUUGCAAGUUUAUUGUUUGAUUUAAGUCAUAAAUUCGAGUUAACAGGAGCUUCGCUUUUAGCCCUGGCUAAAUCUACAUAUUAUCCUCUAUAUAUGUAAUAUGACAGUAGGAUUCUAAUAUGUCAUUUUUAGAAUCUCUCAGUUUAAUUUCUUGUUACAUUUACAGUGAUAUUUACAUGCUAUAGAAUACAAUCUUGCUGUUCUAGAGUCUGCCUCCUCCCUUCAAUUGAAGAGGUGGAGCAGCCCCCCCCUCCCCCUCCACUUGGAAAAGUGCUCAGCCGGCCCUGUUACUUCACGCUCCGCCGAAGUAAAAAGGUUCAAAACCUUUCCUUGAUACCUUCAGAAGACAAAUGAUCAGUCUUUGACUUUUUUGCUUCGAAGCAAGCGAACCAAAGUCAUAGCCAUUGUGACCAUUGGAUAAAUUAAUAAAACGAUAGAUAGCGGCCAACCGAAUAAUUUUUACUGGUUGCUCCUCUUUAUCCAUUUUAUCAUUUCAAUCAUUUUAUUUGAACCAACUGAUUAUUUUUGUCUCUUUUCCUCCAUUUCCCGCGCGAAACCCACAAGUGCACAAUAUUAUAGCUAAUUUUCUUAUGACAAACCACGUUAGGUCGUGGUGGAGCAAUCGGCUAAUCCCUCAACAUAGCGUCUGACGUGUCGCUGGUGAGUCGUAAGCCAAAACAAAUACAUAAAUUAUUAAUUUUUAUUCCUCGAAUAAGGAGCUGAAAGAAAUCGAAGUGAUUUCGAGAUAUCUUGAAGGAAUUCCGGUCUUACAUCAUGAAAUAGCCGUAACAAGCCGAAAAGUCACAAAACUUGUGUGUCCAAUCUUAAUUGCCCGAAACUAGUGCAUAAUUUAUAGCUGUUUUUCACAGUAAAAACUACCUUGGGCCGCAGUGGCGCAAUCGGCUAAUCCUUAACUUAGAGUCUCAUCUGAUCUGACAGCUGGCAGGUGCGUCCAGUUCAAACCCCGGAGAAGCCAAAAUAAUAAUAAUUGUUUCUUCGUCUUCUUUCUCGAAUAAUAAAUCAAAGAAAUCAAAGUGAUCUCGGGAUAAAUCGAACUAGUUCCGUUCUCACUUUGUCAAAUAGCCCACUCUGACUGAAAACUCACGGACUUUGCAUGCCCAACCUAGUGCAUAAUUUACAGCUAUUUUUCACAAUACAAACUACCUUGGGCCGCAGUGACGCACUCGGCUAAUCCCUUAACUUAGAGUCUCAUCUGAUCUGACGGCUGGUGGGUGAGUAGGUUCAAACCCCGGGGAAGCCAAAAAUAAUAAUGGUUUCGUUUUCCUCGAAUAAUAAAUCAAAGAAAUUGCAGUGAUCUCAAGAUAAAUUGAACUAAUUCUGCUCUCACUUUGUCAAAUGGCCCACUCUAACCAAAAACUCACAGACUUUGGGAAAUUCCUGAGUGUCGCGAAUCCUUUACUUUGUGCUCUGCCGAAGUAGAAAGCCAUUUUAAAAAGAACGCAGUCUUCAGAUAAAUUUAUUAUUAUUAUUAUUAUUAUUAUUGAUUUAAUUAGGCAACAGCUAUUUAAUUAUUCUUGUGUUAUUUUUUUCUUGCCAGUACAAGAUUUAUCUAAGCUUGGAACAUAUGGGGGAAAUGAUAGCAUUGUGGCUUUUGCAAGAAAUCAUGGGGUGAACAUUGUCAUACAUCAGCUUAAUGAACCUCGAUGGGUGAUUAAUGGUGGUGAUUACUGCAAAAAUGGAGGGCAAAUCCGUGAGCUUCAUAUUUCCUAUCACAAUGGUGAACAUUAUUCGUCAAUACGGCACAUUAGUGAUAACACUUCAGAACCUGCUUGGGCAAAAAUAAACCAAGCAAUUUUCACUUCUGUUUCAAUGGUGAGUACACUAACAGCCUAAAAAAAACUUAAGUUGUUGCUCUACGAGUUUCUUUCUACUCACAGACCCACUGUGUCUCACUGCAAGAAAGGGAAAAUUAAUAAGUAAACUAACAGCUUUAACUUUUAUGUCAAAAUGAAAUUCAGGUUAACCUAGGUUAAUUCUCAAUAAUUACGGCUAGUAGAGAAAGGAAAUAAUAGAAAUUGAGAAUCAAACUACAACUGAACCUCCAUUAAGUGGCCACCACGGGAAGCCGACUUAAAACAUAAAAGACUUUAAAAGACUCAGGAUUCUUGAAUACUUUUUAAUACUUUAAUACUUUUCUUUGUUAAAUGAAAAUUGUUGAUUGUUAGUAGUCUCUCUUGCAAUUUCAAUCGCAGUGUCGGUUGUUUUCAGUCGUACAUGAACAUCGCUUGCAGGAGUACUUAAAAUGCCGCGCGUAUCAAGCACUUUUAAAGAUUUACACACAGUUAUAAAACCAUUAAAUAAAAAAAUAAACAUAAUACUCUAAUAGCGAGCUCUUCGCAGCGAAGAACCAUGGGUAACAAAAUUUGGUAAACUUUCCAUCCGAGAAAAUUUGGUUAUGACGUAGCGUACAUGUUUUGAUUAAUUGACAGCUGUCAAAAUAUUGUAUCUGCUAACCAGUACCGCCUGACCGUAUCGCGGGCUCAGGUAUCGACCCCGUGAGUUCGAGUGUUUUUUUGAAGUUAUACGCUGACAAGUUGCUACUUUUCAAAUGAUCGCAGGCUCAAAUUAAAUUUUUUUGAAAUGCAUAUGAAAUAAGUCGUGUUCAUGAGCGACACUUUUAAAAUUUUGAUUUCAAACUGAUCUCGGAUGCGAAAAUUCAACCGGCUUUUAGAUGCAGGGAAGGCAAUCAAUCGCUUUUGACAAUUCAAAGAAAACUUUCCAAAGAAUAGUUAGUUAUGAUUUUGGCUGUAAAAAGAAAGCUCUGAGCGAUUUUCUUGCCUCAAGUUCAUCUUGAAAAAGAGCAAACACUGGGAAGCCGGCUUAAAACAAAAAUACAUGUAAGCUUAUGCUUACCUGACUCAUGAUUUUCAGAGAACGUUUACUCUCAGCACUUGUCUCCGUGAAUGAAAAUUAUUGUCUCUGUACAUGGUGCACUGAAUUAUAUUUAUUUUAUUGAUUGUUAGUAGUCCCUCUCGCAAUUUUUAUCGCUGCACCGGUUGUUUUCAGUCGUACAUAAACAUCGCAUGCAGGAAUACUCAAAACUCCGCGAGUAAAUAUCACUCGCUUUUAAAGAUAAUUUACACAUGACAAAACCAUAAACACUUUUAUAAAUAAAGGGAAAUAAAACCUAAACAUAACAAAUUCUCUAUCAUGUUGAAGCAGAAAUGGUAACUCUAUUAAUUGCACUGCAAAUUUGGUGCUUGUCAAAAUAGAGAACCCGUCCGGCUGGCCAAAAAGAUGAUUUUGGGAAUUUUUUAGCAGAGCUCUCGCGCGUGCACCAUGGGUAACGAAAUUUGGUAACUAUCCAUCCAAGAAAAUUUGGUUAUGACGUAGCGUACGCCCAACCUUACACACACCUCAUGUAAGCUGAUGUCAAAUGUCACAAUAGAUCUUGCACAACUUGACUAGCCUUUCAGUUAUGUAAGCCAUCCGCAUGAGUAUGAUUAGAUUGACAGCUUUUUGUUUUUUUUUUUUACUUUUCAAACUUUUAUUAAAAUAUUACACUGCACAGCGUUACAAUACUAACGUUACAUGACAUUGCAUGAUAUUACAUUACAAUGAAUUACAAAUACAUUACAUUACAUUGCAUUAUGAACUUUAACGGUAAAGUAACUUAAUACAAAAAAAAAGAAAAAUACGUUCUAAGUACAGACGACACUAGGGUACAGAGUCCAAGGGCAGAAACCACUUUUUAUUAAAUUUGUCUAUUUUAUUGGUUUUAACACAUUUGUACUUUUCUGUUUCAUACUUAAUUUUAACCUUGGAUGAAAAGGCAGUUGUGACUGGAUUUUAGAGUCUGAUUUCUUCUACAACCCCAUAAGUAUAGUUUAGCGAUCAGUGUCAAAUAAUUCAGUAAAGGGCAAUUCGUAUAUAAUAUUCCUGUAAUAAUGUCUUGUAAGGUCAGACAGAUGAAUUAUCUUGUCAAUGUGUAAUAGUAAUAUGGAAAUUUCUUCCAAAACUGCGUGGUGUGUCUACAUUCGAAAAAGAUGUGGAAUUAAGGACUUUGUAUUCAAAAGCUUUAGAUAAGGUUCAAACGCUACCUCAUGUGGAAGAAGGAAUGCUGUUUUCAGCUGGUCUUGGGUUAGAUUGAAGUCUUGACACAAGUGUUUGGAUUUUUUUGGGCAAUUGGGCAAUUAUUCUUUUAAUUAUAUUUCAAAUUCUUUGUUAUCAAUUGUCAAUAUUAAGCUUAUUUCUGAGCAAAGACAAUUGCUAUUCUUUAAAUGUUUUGGAACAGAGUGACGAAGCCCUGCCCAAUUUAGGUAGUUAAUCUUGCUGAUUUUAUUCGAAACAAUAGUAAAAGAAUUUGUGGUGUCAAACAAAAGAUCAUUUAUGAAAAUGACAUCUUGUUCAAAAAGUUUUUUAUAGAAAACAGGCUUAUUAUCAACACGUAUCUCUUUGUUAUUCCACAAAAUAUAUUGACAUUCCCUUCUACUAUCGAAAACACUACGAACUCAGAUCACCUUUGAAGUAUUUCGGGAUAGAAUUUAGAGGGAAUAUGUAUCUCUUUAAUGUCAUAAUUAUAAUAAAAUUAAACAAAAAAAGAGGCCCCCAAAAGGUUCCAACGAAAACCAUAGAAAGCUUGAACUCCAAGCACCAUUGUUGCACUGGAAGAUCCUUUUCAUCCAGGUUAGUCGUAAAGAUUUAAUCAUACUUUCCAGAUCGAUCAUUUUUAAACCACCGUUUUCAUUUCAAGAUUGUUCUGUGUAAUUCAUGGCUGGUUUGCUUAUUGCACUUUUGGUUCAGAAAUGCACCGCUUGUCGAAGUCAUUGGAAAUCCGAUUUCGGAUGGCAUCGUUUUGAAAAAUGAGCUUACUCACUUGCCCUUGCUUGACGCGUACAAAGAGGGUUGAAAAGUCUCAAGCGAUUCUGGCCUGACUUGAUGACCUUCAGGAGAAGCAUCUCAACUGGUAAGCCUGAGCAAUUAUUGUCUUUGAUGUGUUUUUUUUUUUUUCGGUUUCCUGAGGUCGAGCGUAGUUUAUGUGGCUUAAGUUUAUACUCGAGUAGUCAAUAACCUACAAUAUUAUGAGGUUUAAAAAGUCUUUAGACAUUUUUUGACCACAAAUUCAAUGAAAGAAUAUUUAGUUAUGAUUUUGGCUGUAAAAAGAAAGCUCUGAGCGAUUUUCUUGCCUCGAGUUCAUCUUGAAAAAGAGCAAACACCCGGAAGCCGGCUUAAGACAUGAAUAAGCUUAUGCUUACCUGAUUCAUGAUUUUCAGAGACACUUUACGCUCAAUAGACCUUGUCACGGUUUUCGACGCCAUCUCUUGACGAGAAAUUACAGUGUUUGUUUGAGAAUCUAAUGUCGAAUAAUCUCCGUAAGACGGCUGUUCUGAAAAAAUAUCAAUUGUAAACUAAAGGUACAAAGCAAAGGACUGUCCUAAAAAAUUUUGGAGGCGUACCUAUGGUUAAAUUUUUUUAUCGUUUUCACUAAAAGCCCAUAAUUAUUACCGUGCAUAUCACAUAAGACCAGAUUUUUGUAACUGAAAAGUCGCAGCAUUAUGGAAAUCUCUUCAUGAAAACGUUUUAUAAUGUGGUCAGUGCUAUAAUUUGUUGUGCAAAGGAAGCACGUGCUUCAAUCGUCCUAGAUAUUGACAAUUUGCAAUUUGUCUUACAAAAUUGUGAAAAACUGCCGAAUUAUAGGUUUAAAUCGUGCAAAAAAAGAACAAAUUCUGUCUGAGGUCUGUAUGAUAAAAAAAAACAGCGCCUCAUAGUACUUUUUACCUCAGACGUGAUGAAAAAAAGUAUGUUUAAAAGGCUGGUUUACACGCCACCAGAUUUGUCGCCAAGAUUUACUUGUAAAGUAAACUUGUCGAACACAAAAAAUCCGGCCUGAUUUUUUAUUUUGGCCUCCCUUUUAAACAGAGGAAUGGAAUGUGUAAAUUUGCUGCCACCGAGGACUAUCAUGUGUUUCAUAAAAUUUUAUUUAAUUUCGGAGCUGUCUAAUUAUCCAUAGUCUCUCAAACUGAGUUGUUGGAGAGACUCUGAAUUAAACUUGUAAAAUUAAGGUGAUGGGCAACUGGAUUAUUUUAUGUGGGGAUAGACCAAUUCGGUUAACUCAAUGUUGUACCCAAUUCAAACCACUUGGGAAUAAAACGUUUUGUUUCAGGAAUUUCCACAUUAUGAUGCAAAUACAAUGCACGAAUAGGUCUUUUUGUUUUCCAGGCCUAAUCUACUGUGAUCAAACAUGAUUGCUAUUUUUAGGUGUACAAAUAAGACUAUUAAUUCGAUGUAAAAUUUGUUUCACUCUCGGACUGUCAAAUUAUUUUUCUCUAAAAUCACUCAGCCGUUGCCUCAAAAUUUAAGUCAGAUGAAUGUGCCCUGAUCUGUGGAUUACAAGUUUAUGGUUUGAUUUAAAUUAUGAAUUUACUAACGGGAGCUUCGCAUUUAGCCCUGGCUAAAUCUAUAUAUUAUCGUUUUCACUAAAAGCCCAUUACCCUGCAUAUCACAUAGAAGCAGAUUUUUCUAACUGAAAAGAUUUUUUCUGACUGAAAAGUCCCGGCAUUCUCUCUUCAUGAAAACUUUUUAUAAUGUGGUCAUGCAAUGCUAUGAUUUGUUGUGCAAAGGAAGCCCAUGCUUCAAUCGUCCUGGAUAUUGAAUGAGUGCAAUUUGUCUUCCAAAAUUGUGAAAACCUGCAGAAUUAUAGGUUUAAAUAGGGCAAAAAGAACAAAUUCUGUCCGAGGUCUGUAUGAUAAAAAAAAAACAGCGCCUGACAUAGCAAAGUUUACCUCAGACAUGAUGAAAGAAAGUAUGUUUAAAAGGCUGGUUUACACCAGACAGACAGAGGAAUGGAACGUGUAAAUUGGCUGCCACCGAGGACUAUCGUGUGUUGCAUAAAUUAUAUUUUGGGGGCUGUCCUGCAUUUACCCAUAGUCUCUCAAACGGAGUUGUUAGAGGGACUGAAUAAAACCUAUAAAGUUAAGGUGGUAGGCGACUUUAAUACAAUACACGAAUAGGUCUAUUUGUUUUCCAGGCCUAAUCUACUGUGAUGGAACAUGAUUGCUAUUUUUGGGUGUACAAAUAAGACUAUUAACUUGAUGUAAAAUUUGUUUCACUCUGGGACUGUCAAAUUAUUUUUCUCUAAAAUCACCUAGCCUUUGCCUCAGAAGUCACAUGAAUGUGGCCUCUGGAUUACAAGUUUAUUGUUUGAUUUAAAUUAUGAAUUUAUUAAUGGGAGCUUCGCUUUUAGCCCUUGCUAAAUCUAUAUAUUAAUGUUCUUUCAAACACUGACAGUUCGCACUGCAAAUUUGGCACUUGUCAAAAGUGAGUACCGGCUAGCUGUAAAGGUGAUUUUGAAAAUUUUUUGAACGUUUUUGAAUGAAUGCAAUUUGUCUUGCAAAAUUGUGAAAAACUGCAUUCUGCAUUCCAAGGUCUGUAUGAUUAAAAAAACAGCGCCUCACAGUAUGUACUGUUUACCUCAGAUGUGAUGUAUAACUGAAAAGUAUAAAAGGCUGCUUUACGCGCCACCAGAUUUGUUGGCCAGAUUUUGUAAAGUAAACGUGUUGAACAUAAAAAAAUUUGGCCUAAGUUUUUAUUUUGGCCUGCCUAAUGCAACCUAUAAAUUACGUGUAAAUUGGCUGCCACUAAGGACUAUCAUGUCUUCUAACCAGCCCUUAUAGCAUAAAAUUAUAUUUUGGUGCUGUCCAAUUAACCUUAUAAAACACAGGUGGUGUGGGUGGGCGACUGUGUUAUUUUGUUUGAGAAGAAUUUGUUUUCCAGGCCUAAUCUACUGUGAUCUAGAGCCAUUAUGCUCUUGACUGUGAUUGAAGAUGAUUGCUAUUUUUUUGAGUGUACAUACAGUGUAUAGGGCUAUUAACUCGAUGUAAGAUUUGUUUCACUCUUGGACAGUUUGCAAAUUAUUUUUCUCUCACAUGAAUGUGCCCUAAAGUUAACUGAUUUGUGGAUUACAAGUUAAUUGUUUGGUUUAAAUUAUAAAUUUAUUAAUGGGAGCUUCGCUUUUAGCCCUGGCUAAAUCUAUUUAUUAUUUUUAAAUAAAGUGUAUCAGUGCUUAAUUGCUGCUAAAAGUUGGCUCCGGCUGUUUAAUAGAGGUGACGGAGACCGCUAAUAGUCUUUUCUGCAAUUAUUUCAGGUCGAAAGUUUUCAAGCUCUUCUGCAAGUGCUUGAAAACUUUCUUCGCGCCAUUUCUCCCGGCUCUUUAUGGGUCCCCGAGGAUACCUAACCCAUUUGUCCCUGGAAAUUUUUUCGAACAAUGCGUUUUGAAGCUGUUCUAGUCAAGGGGUAUUCUGGUCACUGUUGUUCUAUAAAGAGCUAAAACUUACCAUGAAGCCAUUUACAGGGCGUGCACUUUGCAGCCUUUUUGAUCCGGAUGCAAAAUAUUAGCUUGUGAAGUUCGGGUAUGCACAGACAGCAAAAUUUCGAGAUAGUUUUUCGGUUUACAAGUGACACAGAGGUCUUGACUGUUACUUUUUGCUUUCUUUCCUCCCCUCUUUUUUCGCUUUUCUUGCCUCAUUUUUUUUCUUUUGCUGGGCAUUUAGUAAGUUUCAUUUUGGUGGGAAAAGCUUUUGGGAAAGCUUUAAGGAUUUUAAGAUUAGAUGAAAGGAAAGGUACAUGUACUAUAGCUAAGGUGAUGGUGAUUAAUAUUUCUACCAUAGGUGCAUGAGUAGACUAUUCUAAGCAAAAUUAACUCUUAGGUAGUGGAGAAAGAUUUUCAUGGAAAUUUCCAGGUCAGUGUUACAUGGUUUUUUGCCUUUUUCUCCGGUGUUCUUGACUGAAUUGUGCUCAUUCUGGGAUGGUUUGAAACAUCUCUUCACUCUGCACAAGUUAGCUGACAAAGUUGUCCUUGACCAUUAAAACUGAUGAUGCCACGAGCGGUAAAAGGGACAUGAAUCUGCACAGGCAGUUACGGGUAGAUCAGGGGCGAAUUGGUUAAUACAAGGUGGCUGCUUAAUGUGGAGCUUCAACUGCAGGUUGAAACCACUCUUAACUGAAUUUUAUUUUGACCUUCAAAACAGUCAAAACAUGAUAAUAUGAUUGGGGUAUCUUGAAUUUUAAUCUGGGCAGUUUAUCAAAUGGUUUCUUGCAGUCUACUGAAGUACAUUGUUCAGAGAACAGGAAAGAGAAGAAGACCAAUGGAAAAGGGAAAAGCAAGCAGGCUCUAACAAGCAGUACUGACAAGGGCAUAGAUCAUACACUACAAGACAGUGAUCUUAUGGCAGCAGAGGAAGUAGUGUCGACAGCCACGGGUUGUAAGGUACCAGAAACUCAUAAGGGGUUGAAACGUGUAACUCUCAUAUGUUUGCUUUGUCCAAUGCUCGUGAUUAUUCAUUUUCGAAAGUACCAUAUUUGGAACGAGAAGAAGAGAUAACUGACCAAUCAAACUUCGUAAACAACGUGACGUAAUUUUCCUUCAGGUUCCCGCGCCCGCUUAAAAAAAUGGCCGACAAACGGGGGAAAAACUCCCGAAAGCCGAGAAAGCUUUCAAAGGUUGAAACCAGGAAUAUUACCGAAACACUGAGCAGGAUAUUAUUGCCUUACCACCCGGGCCAAACGUAACAUGAAACCCAUUGACGGCCUCGCAACUUCUUGAAGUUGUCACUUCAAAAAACGAUGCCUCGUUGACCAUCUGCACAGUAAACUUAUACUGCAAAUAGGCUUUUAAAAUUCUUAUGUUAAAAGUCUAGAAUAAACAGUGAAAAAUAUUUUCGAAGAAAAUUCAUUAGCUGCGUAUCGAAAAGUGUCGAAAACCUGAACCUGACAUCUUCACAAAAAGUGAUGCUUGUAAUGAAUGUGAGAAGCAUUUUAAAAGCUAAAAUUAAACUUGGAUGUUGUAGUCACGAUCGUAUGUUGAGCUAAUUUUAUGACUGAACAAACUCAAAACAAUAGACAGAGAAGCCGUUUCUUGAAAAUUAUUUUUCAAAGUCCAAAAAGUUAAUCCUUUAAAGCAAUUCGGAAAACACUAUCUGGAUCGUGGAUCCGUUCACGCAAGUGAAAUCGGAUAAGCACAUGGCAAAAUUCAACACAAAAUCCAUCUCAAAUCAGGGCACAUUUUGUAAUUUUUCUUAAAACGUCUAUGAAACAUUUAAAAAUACAUAAAUUCCCUUUCAAAAACGUAAUUGUCUUGGCCAUAGAGUGCAAAAUGUACCUGAAAAUUCAGCAAAAACUUCGCUGACUUGGUUGCAUUUCAAAACAGACCAUGGGCUCCGCCGUGAAGAAAACAAGGUUGAAUUCCUCGAAGGACGAUUUCUUGAUGAAAAGCUUCCCUUUCUCCACACAAAGAAAGCUGAGCAUUCUUUUGAACUUUCUCUUUCCAUUUUUUGUCUUUUAACCGUGCAUUUUUAACCUUGAAAUGUAGAACUCUUGUCUUAAAACAUCUGCAUGGUGAUCGCGCAGCAGCCAAUUUGUUGAAAAUGGAUAUCCGUUACUAAGGUUUCCGAAUAUGCUAAAAGUGAAUAUUCACGAGCAUUGAACGCGAGUUACACGUUUCAACCCCUUAUGGGUUUCUGAAGGUACUUAAUCACUUUAAUCAAGUUGUUUUGGGCUCCCUUCAGUGCCUCAUCAAAACAAUAUGUACUAGCUACAAUCAUCGUCAAAAGUGUUGAGAAGGUUGCCCAUUUACCUCUUCUUUUCCUUCCUCCCCCCGCCCCUGGCCCAAUGUUGAUCAAAACGUCAAUGUUUGUACGCGUAAUUGUUCUGUUAUAUCCCAACAUUGAAUAAGGGGGACGGGGGAUAUUUAGCAAAAGAGAAAACUCUCUUUUUUCAAGAUUAAAAUGGACUACUGUUAAGUUGUACAACCUUCCCAACUACUUUUGUCUGUGAUUGUCUGAAAAUUCUGGGUGUGGUCGUAAAAGGUCAAAAAUGGACGACUUUUUGUCAGUAGAAACGUCUUCAGAAAACACUCGUAAACAGUACUCUGUUGCAAAAAAAUAUUUGCCGUACCUUGUUAAGACAGUUUUUGGCCCACACGCCUGUUUAUAUUCGACAUGUUUUGCAAUCCUUUAAGUACAACUAUUGCUCUGUCCGGGGCAAAGGAAAAGCGCCAAAAUACAAAUGUCAGGUUAUUUUCGGUAAAAGCUAUUGACUAUAGCAUAGGCUGAUAUGCUCCAAAUGUUAAAGCAAGAUAUAGUGCGUUCACCAGUUCCCCCAAAAAUCAUUCGGAUCGCGACAUUGCAGCUGACAUAUUCCUUAGCAGUUCCCUCAUUCGUUGCAACAUUCAGCACAUGCCCAUUUGCCACGCGAGCAAACUAUGAGACUGAGUGGAGAUUUGCCUAAUUCUAGAGGCCACUUUCUCCGGCUGAACAACUCUAGUUAAAGCCCUUGUGGCACUGUUUUUCGACACUGGCUGCAGAAAACGAGAAAAAGUACGCUCUUGAUUUAGAAUAAGGCGUCUAUUGUCUUCGUUAAUCUAAUUAAAAAGGGUAACACAUGCGAAGUCAUCACACACCACAUUACUCCAUUUUGGUAGCCGAAAAGAAUUCCUUUAUAGUAGCGCUAACGACAAAAUAAUCUAAUUAUCUUUUAAGAACAAAGUUGGUUACUCGUGGUUACUCGAGGACAGUCUCCUCCUGACCUCAUAGUUUCUACUGUAAAGUACAUUCUUCAAAGACCCUCAUGGGUAUAUGGGCAACGAAUUUGCUGCACAGAUUUAGCGAAGCUAUGCAGCUUUGCUGUGCAUUAGAAGUUGGAACAUUUUUCCUGAAAAUUCUCCUGCGCAUAGCAAUCAUGGCUAUUUUAUCGUCCAUCCCACCCUUGUCAAAUAGCCAAACUUCGAAUAAACACUUCGAACUUACUAGGGAUAUAUUCAAAUACAAUAUAUUAUCUGCCAUCGAUUCCUACCGAUCACACUUAGUUACCAGAGGAAAAUCAAUCAUUCGGUACGUGGGUAUGCUGCGUAAUUACUUGAAAUCACUACCGAGUACAAAGAUUGUCAAAACUAAUUUUCCCUCGGAAAACACAAGAAAGGGAUUAUAUGGGUAUCUUAUCUAUCUUCUGAAAAACGACCCGGUGAAUAUAGUAUUCUCAACUAGUUACCGUCUCCUAACCGGUGCUAAUAGGACAACAGCGCGUAGAUUUCGAUUCAGACAAUCGGCGACAAAAUGAGUUGAGACACUUCGCCCAAAAGUAGGCUUUUUUACGUUUAUGAACUUCAAAAGGAGGAAAUAUAGCUUUCCUCCCCCAUCCCCUCCGUACAAUGUUGGGCCCUUGUUCUAGCUACCUAUAGAAAACAACAAACACCCCAACUUUGAAUGGAGGGGACAGGGGAGGGGUGCGGAUUCUUUUGUUCUCCGAAGUCACCCUAUUUAAGUACAAUGUCUCAACAAUUUUGUCGCCGAUUGUAGCAUUAAAAUUAAACCAACUUUGCUAAUUGACCUUUAUGGGGUACUGUUUAAAUGGAGUAAUGUUGGGAAACAGUUGUUAAAUUUAUCCCCGUAGAUAAAUGCGACAAAAGCUGUCCAUAUUCUUACAUGGUUUACAUGUUUUUGCCCUUUUCUUGUUUGAAAGUCAGUUCAUUGUGCAUAUAUUUUGCAUUUUGUUAUGGAGUAAUGUGAUGGAGUAAUGUGGACACCCAUGUUGUUUACUGUUCUCAAAUUAACUGAAUGAUUGACAGGCGACGCUAGCACAGCAAUUUCUAUAUGAACACUGAACAUGACUGAUUCACUCUUUUAUAGAGGUUCCGUAUUACUUUCAGGCCUUACGAAAAUACAGUCUACAAGAUUUUAAUUCGGCACUUAUCUCACUCCUCCCUCACAACUACAAACGUUGCGUUUUUCGAGGAUAGUUUAACACUGCCGGAGUAAAAAAGAAAAAACUUUCUCAUAGCAGCCUUUAUGCCAUUCCUAUUUGUAACAUUUUUCAAAAUAUUUCGCUAAUAGCAAACGGCAAAAGUUAACCAGGAAUAAUGCCGCUGAUGAAAAAGACACAUGUAUACAUGACAACGACAGCAAUCGUAUAGCAUUUUUUGCUUAGGGAACGUUCAUUUAAUAUGACAAGGGGGGGGGGGAUGAAGAUAUUGAAACUGGAAGCUUGAAAUUUUAGCAGCCCCCCUCGCUAGCGGUUCAAUUUUUUAGGAGCCCCCUCCUUGGUAGUCGAAAAACUUUCAGAGACCCCCCCCUCUCCUCCUUCUUCAAUUCCUUUGCUCCCCUGAAAAAAGAUCGCUAGACUGUAUUAAAUAUAUUUACCGUUAUUGUCUUCAAUGGUUUAUACUAUGACAAACUUGAGAUACAGUUGUGAUACAAUUUUCUAAAGCAUUUUUGGGAUGAACGAGAGUGUAAUAAUUACUGAGACUACAUUUGUUAUAUCUGUAAACCACGAGAUAUAGCUGAGUUGCACAGGUCGUUGAAUUGUUGAAUUGAAAACCAUCCAAUCUGUAUGAUGAUGUCAUGUGUUGGUUUUGAAGUAUACAAAUUUUCGGAGCCCCCCCCCUAGCGCAACAAUUUUUUCAGAGCCCCCCCUUCGGGUGUCUAAAAAUUUUCGGAGCCCCCCCUCAAUAUCUUCAUCCCCCCCCCCUUGUCAUAUUAAAUGAACUUUCCCUUAGAUACCCUCAUGACUUUUCGUUAAAUCUAGUGAAACAGACAAUCUGUGGCCAUUCUUUCUACAUAGUCCACGCAAAGAAAACGUCCUCUUGCUUCAUGAGGAAAUUAAACGCCUUAAAUGUUUUCUCCUGACGUUCCUAAAAGAAAGCGUUCUCACCCAAUAGAUUUUGUGGUCACGCUGUGAAAUGUCACGCACGUCAGAUGCAAAAUUCUCCUAUUCAUGAUUUUAUCGAAAGAUAACCUUUAUCAUAUUUUUUGUAUCGUUUGGAAAGUACAUUAUCAGCACAGUUCCAGGGCGAGAUAUCUAAGUCAAAUGUUAAAUGCGACAAGUUUUAUAAGCGUUUAAAGUUGAUUUCCUAAUCUCCUACAAUCAUCGUCAAAAGUGUUGGGAAGGUUGCCCAUUUUACCUCUUCUUUUCCUUCCUCCCCCCGCCCUGGCCCAAUGUUGAUCGAAACGUUAAUGUUUGUACGCGUAAUUGUUCUGUUAUAUCCCAACAUUGACUAAGGGGGACGGGGGAUAUUUAGCAAAAGAGAAAACUCUCUUUUUUCAGGAUUAAAAUGGACUACUGUUAAGUUGUACAACCUUCCCAACUACUUUUGUCUGUGAUUGUAGCUAAGUUCUUGUUAGUCUCUUUCUACCAUGUCACUGCAUCGCAUCCACUGCCUUUUGUGGCACCCUCCUCCUAUUGGCUCCCUGUAAAAAAUCUCAUAGGAGAGCGUCAUUGUAGCCUGAAUUUCAUCCGAUUACUUCGAGUCGUUAUUACUCCCUCAGUAACGUCUGAAUCGACCGGCCGUUAAUGAGGCCCUGCCAGGGUAAAUUCCGACAAGCGACAUGACCCAAAAAGUAGCGACAGAGCCUAAAAUGAAAUGGCGACAAGCGACAACCUCCCGCUGCCAAAUUGCGACAGUGACGGCAAAGCCGAGAAUAUGCGACAAAGAACGGUGGUUUGGCUAAUUUAUCACCAGUCUGAAUGCCUAGAAGAAGUAAUUUUCGUCAAUUUUCCCUGCGCUUCAGAGGUUGUCUCUCGUCAGGGAGUUUCAGUAGACCCUCCUGCGCGCGUCGCGUUGGCCCGUCGCGUAGUCUUCAUUUACGCAACCCCGCACAACUCCUGGGAGACCUUGGGACUAGGUUGUCCGUCAGAUAGCUUAAUUUACGCUCGCUUUACUUCUCUUGUAAUCACUACUUUCAUAUAGGCCAUGACUCACCUUGUUUUCCCCCUCAGAAUUUUGCAUAACCAAUGUUUCCAAAUUCUCCAGGGUAUUACAGUCGUCCCAAGAGAAAUCGAAAACAAUGGUUAUGCAAAGUUUUGGGGGGUAAACAAGGUGAAUUAUGGUCUAUGUGAAAAUGGUGAAUACUUUGCUUGUUUCUGAACUUCUCAUAUCCUUGUCGACGGUGGAGAGACCAGGGACCAGGUAACUUAAACACCGCACAGCUUGGACCACCGUUAACCGGCCUUCAUGUACGAUUUAUCAGGUCAGUUAGUCUUAACAUGUUGAACGUGGAUCACUUAGGGUGUGCUGACAGUGUUACUUUAAGCGAAUCCAAAAACGGAUUUCUGAUCCGAGAUUUGCCGGAUUUCGCGGUCGAAAGGAACGUGAAAUCCGAAAUUGGAUUUGUGACCUUGGUAACCUUUCGCAAACGCGUGCAAUAUGCAUGACAGCCUGAGCCUCUCAAGAAAUGACAUGUUUUCUACUGUUUGACAAAUUACGCGAUUAUACCGUGCAGAAUUUUGUGGUCGGCAGUUCGAAUAACGACGAUGGAACACAAACAGAUCAAGAAAGUAGCAUGUUAAAGUUGAAAAUUAUCUAAAGGUUGUCGGCUCAGUUUGAUCCAGUUUCGUAGCUCGGUUUUCUAUGUAACACGAUCUUGUGCCUAUCGCGUCCAAGAGCGAGUUUGUAGAAAGAUAGCAGUUAUUUGUCCCUUUUACUUAUUUGUGUUUUUAAGCAAUCUUUAGCGACAAAUGGUCAGCACAUGGACAUUUUACUGUACCACCAUGAACAAUCUUCUAGUGUUUUCAGAUGUUUUACGGCAAAUGGCAGCAAUUAGGAAACUCUACGGGAAUACUUCAACUGGAAGUACAGCUGGAUCAUCUGACUAAUUUCGAAUCCACUGUGAAUGGAACAGCGUAGAUGACUAAUCCGUUAAUCUGGAUUCGGAUUCUUCGGAUUUCAAAUCCAAUGUGAAUCAUCCGAAUUUGGAUUUGCCGAAAGGAACGUGAAAUCCGUUUUAAGAUCCAAAUCCAUUUCUGGAUUCACCGAAAGGAACACACCCUUAAUUGUGAAUGGCGAUGUAUAGGUGUUCUAUACGCGAAAGGUUAACUGAGAAAUUGCUCAACUGUAAUGGUUUCUUUAAAACCCAUCGCUAUCCCCCUUUUCUAAAAUUCCGACAAAGACAAAGAAUUUUCGUUCAAUUUCCGACAGCGACGUGAAGCAUUAAUAAACGCCGACACGAGACGUUUUAAAAUUCAGACGAGCGACAUGGGAGCCCCCCCUGGCAGGGCCUCGUUAAUGCCGUCCAGUGUCGUCACUACUCCUUGACCUUUGCUUUAAUUCAUGCAAAAAGUAAAACACGAUUUUCAAGUGGCAAACUGAGAAAUAUCGUUUGGAAAUGUCCGCAUGAUACAGAACUGCUUCACUUUUUUCGAUCGUAAUUCAUGUUUAACGUUCAAACUAUCAGCUGCAUGCACUACAACUCUGGAACGGUUGUACUAACUUCUAUAAUCAAACUCGGUCGCAAUCACGCAAUGAAAUAAACACACACACGGAACACUUCGUUCAAAAACACACUGAUUUGCUUUAAUUGAAAAGAAGCUAUUUGGUCCUUAACGAAGAAAAAAAACAAGGAGACAAGAAAGAAAAGCUAACAGAAUCAUUACACUUGAUGGUAAAAAUAGCAAGAAGGUCGAAUUAUAACAUUGAUCUCAGAAAACUUUGCGUAAACAAAAUCACCGGCCGCCGAAACCACAAAGCGGCUCUAAAUGAAAAGCGUACCGACUCUCCGCAAUGAUUCUUCAUUCGCAGUUCAAUUUAGCAUUUCAGUUUCGAAGACAAGGGCAAUUUUACUGUUUAAGGUAAAGAUUAAGCUUAUCGAAAUGUUUGAACUAAACGAAAGGGUGCCAUUGAUGCGAUCCGCUGAAUCAGGCUAGUCCCUAGGCGUUCUCUCUUGCCCCGUUGUCCGCGCGAAGUCUGUAUCUCUCGGUGACGUCACAGCUCACGGUAGAGUCCAGGAUUGACCGAGUCGAGAACGCCUAGGGACUAGGCUGUCGCUGAAAAUCAAGUGACAAUCCCGCUAAAAUUUUUCAUAAUUAUACAUAAUUAUGCGAAUGUGUAGACAAUCAACCAAUCAAAAUCACUACCCGGUUUUCGGGUAGUGAGUGACGUCACUGGACGGCAUUAACGGCCGGUCGAUUCAGACGUUGUUGAGAGGAGAAAACGACUCGAAGCAAUCGGAUGAAUUUCAGGCUAAGCGUCAUUGGUGCCUUACAGACUAUGUGACCUAGCCAAGUUAACUGUUUCCUUGAAGACCAGGGGCUCCAUUUCGUCCAGUUUUUUGAGUACCUUCUCAAUAAUUCUUACUUUGUCAUACCCAUAGUAAUCUUCUCAAAAAUGUGUUAUUAAAGGCUGUUAGUCUUUUUUCUUUCUACCGUUAUAUUGUAAAUAAUGUUCCAGUCUGCUGCACUAUAUAUAUCAGUGUUGUAUUGCAGUCAAACCUCUGUGAAGUGCCCACUGAGUGGCAUAUCCUCAUUUCAGUGUGUAGACUGGUCGCUCUAUGCUUAAUAAUGGGUAAGGUCCACUAAAGGUAUCUGCUACAUGUCCCAUGCGCAAUUUUGGCUCAGGGAUUGGUGACGUCACUCCAGCAUGUGAGAAUUUAAUACCAAGUUUAAGAAAGUCUUUACUUUUUUGCUAGGGUUGUAACAUGAACAGAACUCACACAAUGUUUGGUCUUCAUUUAUUCUCAGGAUUUGGUUGUAAUAAAACAAGCUCUGAUGGAUAAUAUGUACAAUGUUGAUGCUGCCAUUCAUUACAUUCUUCAGUUGAUCUAUGUUGCUGAAGAAACAGGUUUUUUCUUCUUGGGCAUUUAUCUUUGUUCUCUUUUUGAUUAAUUAAGAGGAUUCUUGCUUGAACUCCUAACAUUAAUUUGCUAUCGGGGAGGAAGAUUUUUAUUUGAGAAUCGCAGGCUGGAUUGAAAGACGUAAAAUAAUGUAAACCUUGUUUUAAUUAUUGCUGAGGUACAUCUUUACCAAUCAUUACCAGAAAAUGUAAUUUAAAUAAAGUUAAAAGUAAGAGGUUCAUUUAUAGUGGAAAGUGCACUUAGCUUGCUAGUUUACAGGCGCUUCACUUAAACAGUUAGAAAAACAAAAUGCAAAGAGAAACAGGAUUUAAAACUGCAACUGACAGGAGGCAACCAGUUGGCUAUUUACAAGCAUGGCCGCGGAUUUGAACUUGGGACAACCGAGAAAUCCAGAAAGUUGCCCGAGCGGGACUAAAACCUGGGAAUGCUACAUCAUGACCAAGUCUGAUGUGCUGACAGUAGUAUAGGAGGGAUGUCUUAGGCCCCUUUUUUGAGCAGGAAUCUCAUAAGCGUGAGCAGGAAUACAUUAACGCCGAUGACGUCAUAGGCUAUUGUCCUGAUCUCAUGAAUAAAAUGCUGUGGUAUCUCAUAAAGAUAAGGUCAUGCGCUAUUUUUAGAUGGAUGAUGUCAUGGUUGGUAUGAUGUCAUGGUGUCAUGAUGUCAUGGUUGGUCUAGGCUUGCCUAGACCGGUAAGUAACUUGAGCCCUGUUUUCGGACCGUCUAUUAAAAGAAAAAUAGGAAUAAGAGAAGCGAUCACCUAGCAACGCGAGAAACGGCUUCCUAUAUCUUAUUUAGCGCUAAAACUCAGAUAUACAUAAACAAAACACAUACAGAAAGUGGAGUUGAAAAGUCUUUAUUUCAAUUUAGUUUACGUCUUCUUAUUUAGCGCUAAAGCUCGGAUAUAUAUAAACAAAACAUACACAAAUUGGAACUGAAAACGCUUUAUUUCAAGUUUGUCUGUCUAUUACAGAACAGUUUUCUCCCAUCUAUCUCGAGGACAUGAAAAACUAUUGAAGUCUCAACGUUUCACGCGCGGAUAAUCAGUUAAUUAUGCGAGUUCACUAGCCCAAAGUUGAAUACAAAUUAGCUCUACAGGAAAAACCUCAAGGGAGCAACCUUGACGUAUUAUUAUAAAACCAAAUAACUUACAUGUAACAAGGAUCAAUUAAAACACGCGACUCAUAAUUGCUAGCAAUAAAACCACAAGAGAGAUACCGUUUUGAAAACUUUAUUAAAAGUCAAUAACAAAAAGAGUCAAAUACACAGCGAUUUGAAAGGAAAAGGAAUGAAAAUUAAUCCUUUGACUGACUAUUGCGAAUCAGUUUUUUCCGUCCUAUUUCGAGGAAUAAUAAUCUUUUUCGCUAAUAGUCAGGUUAUAUAGAGUGUCAGAAAGGCCAAACACAGGCCAGAAAGGCCAUAACCAGACCUGAAAGGCCAAAACCAGGCCAAAAGGGACAAAAGGAGACAAACGGGCCAUUUCUAGUCAUGUGUCUUUAUUUUCUCAAACAUACGCGUGGGUGUCGCGCGCGGCUAGUCACGCACUAGCUCUCAACAUUGGAAUCAUCAUCUUUAUUCAGGGUAAUCAUAAAUAACAGUGCAUAAUUAAAACAGUUUUGAUCGUGAAUUAGUAAUUGGUAUUUCAAAUUUCAAAUUUUUUAUUUAUUGUAUCAGUUUACUAUUAUUGUUAUUAUUUUCAAGUCAGCAAUAAAACAGUUUAUUCACCAGCAGAGCACAACAAUCAAUCGUGGAGAUCUCGCGUGUAAGUCGUUCGCGUCGAGUCAGGAAACAAGCCACGAUUAAAUUCGACCAAUGAUUUAUUUACAAACUAAUUUCCUUACACGACUUACACGAGAAAUCUCCACGCGCGCCCAGGGGAAAAAACACAGGGCUAAAAAGGUGCCCUUUCUGCCCGAUCUGCCCUUGAAAAUCAACAAUAAAUUUUGUGUUGCAAAUAGUUUUACUCAUUUGAAAGGUAAAAGGUUGUAAAGAUUGUGAAAAAAAUAGAUUUUGUAAAUAAUUUUGGUUUUCUCAAGUUUGUAAAUAGCAUUUUAUAUAAAAGAGUUUCCUAAAUGUCUAAAAAAUGUCAUUUGUUCAUAGUUUGUAAAUAAAUCAUUGGUUGAAUUUAAUCAUUUUAGUUCGAUUAGCAGAUCAUUUAACUCGAGUACAUGAAUUAUCGGGGAUAGAAACGAAACAUUGGCUACAAAACAGCAAUGUGGUUCGUGUUUACGAGAAAGAGGCUGCUCCGAAAAAGCAACGAAACAUAAUUGUUGUGCUCUGCUGGUGAAUGAACUGUUUUAUUGCUGACUUGAAAAUAAUAACAAUAAUAGUAAACUGAUACAAUAAAUAAAAAAAUCUGAAAUUUGAAAUACCAAUUACUAAUUCACGAUCAAAACUGUUUUAAUUAUGCACUGUUAUUUAUGAUUACCCUGAAUAAAGAUGAUGAUUCCAAUGUUGAGAGCUAGUGCGUGACUAGCCGCGCGCGACACCCACGCGUAUGUUUGAGAAAAUAAAGACACAUGACUAGAAAUGGCCCGUUUGUCUCCUUUUGUCCCUUUUGGCCUGAUUUUGGCCUUUCAGGUCUGGUUAUGGCCUUUCUGGCCUGUGUUUGGCCUUUCUGACGCUCUAUAUAACCUGACUAUUUGCGAAAAAGAUUAUUAUUCCUCGAAAUAGGACGGAAAAAACUGAUUCGCAAUAGUCAGUCAAAGGAUUAAUUUUCAUUCCUUUUCCUUUCAAAUCGCUGUGUAUUUGACUGUUUUUGUUAUUGACUUUUAAUAAAGUUUUCAAAACGGUAUCUCUCUUGUGGUUUUAUUGCUAGCAAUUAUGAGUCGCGUGUUUUAAUUGAUCCUUGUUACAUGUAAGUUAUUUGGUUUUAUAAUAAUACGUCAAGGUUGCUCCCUUGAGGUUUUUCCUGUAGAGCUAAUUUGUAUUCAACUUUGGGCUAGUGAACUCGCAUAAUUAACUGAUUAUCCGCGCGUGAAACGUUGAGACUUCAAUAGUUUUUCAUGUCCUCGAGAUAGAUGGGAGAAAACUGUUCUGUAAUAGACAGACAAACUUGAAAUAAAGCGUUUUCAGCUCCAAUUUGUGUAUGUUUUGUUUAUAUAUAUCCGAGCUUUAGCGCUAAAUAAGAAGACGUAAACUAAAUUGAAAUAAAGACUUUUCAACUCCACUUUCUGUAUGUGUUUUGUUUAUGUAUAUCUGAGUUUUAGCGCUAAAUAAGAUAUAGGAAGCCGUUUCUCGCGUUGCUAGGUGAUCGCUUCUCUUAUUCCUAUUUUUCUUUUAAUAGACGGUCCGAAAACAGGGCUCAAGUUACUUACCGGGCAAGUCUAGGCAAGCCUAUUGUUCCUAUUGUAGUAGAGUGACGCUCAUUAGUAAACCUAUCCACUUCAUUAUAUAUGGAGGAAGACACUUAAUUAGUAUGCAGGAAAUCCAAAUUAGUAUGCGGGAAGGCAUUGAGCAGGCUUUUAUGCCGUUCGAACAAUAAAAAAUACGGCAACCAACCAGAAUGCUUCGUCAAACGAGACAGCCAAUUAGCGUCUUUCUAAUUCCGGUCAACCAAUCAAAACAACUAUGACAUCAUAGUACCCCGGAAUACAUAUGACAUCAUCUUCCGACAAUAACUAAAACCUGUCAAACCGGUUAUACCAACCAUGACAUCAUCCAUCUAAAAAUAGCACAUGACCUUAUCUUUAUGAGAUACCACAGCAUUUUAUUCAUGAGAUCAGGACAAUAGCCUCUGACGUCAUCGGCGUUAAUGUAUUCCUGCUCACGCUUAUGAGAUUCCUGCUCAAAAAAGGGGCCUAAAACAUCCCUCCUAUACUACUGCUGAUCGGCCACUUGGACAUGCUGCCUCCUAACAGAUGUCAGUUUCAUUAUUUUGAAAAUACAGUACAUUUAUUGUUAUUCGUUAUGAAUAAAACUGCAUGUCCGUCUGACAUACAGUAGCAAGGAUGGCUAGGUUGGUUUAAAUUACAUCUUAAUUUUUAAAUUUUAUUUCCUUUGUUUUUUAUGGCAUAAUAAUAAUUCAUAUGUAAGGAUUAUGGAAUUUUGGGUCCCGAAUCGCUGAUGUUUUUCCCAAGAAACGUCCCCAUUGGUGAGGGGUGAGGAAAAGUGGCUGAAUUGGCAGUCUAAUAUAUUUCAUCAAAGCAACAAAUUAUUACUAUUUUAUUCAUUCAACAAUUUUUUUAAUCUGACUGAAUACUGAGAAGAUGUAGCCGAAAAAAUCACUGCUCGACGUUAUGCAUGCUGGAAUGCAGAUUUAAAUUUAAUUCAUGUAUGAGAUGAUAAUAAUGGUAUAAUAUCACGAAAGGUUUUUUACAGAGUGACUCUUACACAUGCACUAAUUUAUCUGUUAUGUAAAAAUGUAAAAUUAAAAAAUAAAUAUUGUAGACUAAAAAGUGAUAAAAGGUAAAUGUAAAAGAUAAAUGUAAGGUAGAUUUGAUAAAAAAAAGAUUUAAUUUGCAAAUAAAAAUUAAAGGUAUAACAGCUAGUAGAUAAAGAAUACAAGAGGAAACCUAAGUGUAUCUACAAUCUAGGACUAAAAUUGCUCAGAAUUUUGCACUUUCUUACCCACAAAAUGCGUAUCCCGUGGAUUGGGUAUCAUUAAGGCCCCUCCCCACACCCCACCCUGGUCAAUGUCAGAAAUGAUCCAGUCCGACUUUCAGCAUUGCUUUUUGUGGGAAGGGGGAGUUUUUGAAGUGGUUUUUUUUUCGGGGGUAUGAAUACUCUGGAGUAUGGGGAAAGAUACUGCUGAGCUGAAUUUACUUCCCUGUGAAAAUGUCUCAAAUUUUCACAAAUUCUGUGGUGAUUAGGGAGGUUAUUAAAAAUCUUUCCAGGAGAGCCUUGAAAGGAUUUUAUCCUGCAGCAUAUGGGUAGUGCAGAAUUAACUGUUGUUGCUUCUUGGAAUUCACAAAAACAUUUUAAUAGCAGUUACACUCUUUUCUGUCAUACCCAGAAAAUGGCCUUGACUGGGCACUGUGAAAAAGCUGUUAGGGAUUGCUCCCCAAGCUCUUACAAUGACCGGUAUCACCUCCACUUUGUGCAUAGACCACGUGUCAUGUUUAAAGGACGAGUUGCCAUUAAUCCAAAGUUAGUUACCAUGACAACUGAUACACUGUUUACAUUAAACCCAGGAUUCAAGCAAAUAAGGCUUUUAACAGCUCGGUCCAGAUGUAUUAAUAAUAACAAUGACAGUAUUGUCAUUAAUAUUAGUGUUGCAACGCUAUUAAUAUAAUUUUGUUUGGUGUUGUUGUUUUCAUUGUUUCAGGGCACAGAUUGUCGCAGGAUCUUGUUUCAACUAGUAAUGAGCUAUCAACUGAACAGAUUCAAGCAGAACUUAAGUCUUCAUGUGAUGCCACAUGUGACAUUAUUGAAACAAAUAGGGAUUGUGAGAACAGGGAUGGUACUUGUAAAACUUGUGUUAACUGUUUUAAUGACAAUGAAAGACUUGGACAGCAAAGAGAGGGAUCUGUAACUCAUUCACAUGCUCAGCAGACUGAAGGUUUUCAAGGCUUUAUAGAAGAUCUAAAGGGAACUCUAUCAUCAAGUACCCAGAAGACAAAUCAAAAUUACGAACAUCAAGGUGCAAGGCCCAAAGUUAAGAGUAGAACUGAAAAUAGGAAGGAAUCAGGCAUUGCACAAAAUUUGAGCAACAAGAAAAGAAAGGAACUUGCAAAGCAGGAGAAAAAGAAUCGUAGAGAAGAGAGGAGAAAGGACAAUGCUAGUUCACAUAUUGACUCUGACUCUGCAACAACUCAGAAACAACAUCCUGCAUCAGCUGUUGUUCCUGAUUUAGGCAUUCUCGCCAUAUGAAUUCUUACUGUCAGUAACUCCAUAGGAUUCUGACCAAAU